GGGGGGCUUGUCAACAUUUUCCUCCGAAAAAUUUGAAAUCUGCCCUCCCCCUUUUGGAAAAUCCUGGAUCCGCCCCUGAAAUGAGGUAUCUUGAUAUAAUUAUUGUUUGGUUUCAAGAAACCGAUUCGAGUGAAGAACUGCGCUGAAAGAUGUGUGUGUUUUUUAGAGGGAUGUACAAACAUCUGUUGAAUAAUAUAAUCACAAUACCGAUAUUACCGAUAAAACUUCAAAAAGGUGCAGUCAGAAUUAUAAACAACUCCCCUUUUAUGCCCAUUCUUAUUUUUCAUUCACGAUAUGUACAAAUAUGAAAUGGGACUUUUUAUGUAUCUAUGUUGUAAAGGAUUUUUACCAUCGUUUUUAAUGAACUAUUUUAAAUCUAAUUGUAAUAAUCAUGAGUAUCCUACUAGAAAUGCUGCAAACUUUCACUUUCCUAAAAUAAGAACUUGCCUAUCGCAUAUUUUUUUUCUUUCGUCGCACAGUACUUUGGAAUUGCCGGUUAGUUUGAAAACUUCUUGUUCAUUUUAUAUUUUCAAACGUAACUUUAGAAAGUAAAUCAUACCACUUGUGUGUCUAUGUCUUGGUAAUGUUUUCUAAUUGUUUUGUAUAUUUUGUAUAUAAUUGUUAUUAUUUUAAAAGUAAUUUUGGUCGACCUUAUUGUAAGGAAAUUCUCUCCUGCUUAUAUGGCUGCUUCCAUCCCAAUGCCAUUUUUUCUUGUAAACUUAUGUCUUUGAUGUUAAAUAUUCUUUGUUCCUCAUGUAUUUUAUCAUGUUCAUUUUAUGCAGAGAGAAAUAUAACCUUAAUUGAAUUGAAUAUCGCUCUCUGAAAAUUUCACCAAUGUCAAAUGUGAAAUAAUGUAUAAAAUGUUAGACAUUCGCUAAAUUUCACAAAACAGUUAAUAUGAACCUUCUGAUCUGUAUGCAAAUGAGGGAAUCGAUGACGUCACCCACUCACUAUUCAUUUUGUUUUGCUGUUAUGAAAAUUAGAAGUACUGGAUUUGUUUCUUUUUUUCAUAAAUAUUGACGAGGCUUGUUUCUACCUCCUGAACAUGUCGAAUAACAUUUCUCCUAAUAUAUUGCGAUUCACUGGACGGCUUUCUUAUUGUCAAAUCUGCUAAAACGUGAAUUAUUCAUAUUAUUCGUAAAACAAAGUACAAAAGAAAAUCGAUUCUUUCAUUUGCAUAAUUAUCACCAUGAUGUACACAUAGGUCUAUUUGUUUUGAUAGAAUGAGCAGAAUUUUAAAAAAGUGAUAACUUUUUUUUAUUUCGAAUCCGAUUUUUAGCAAAUUGUCAACCACUUUGCUCGUUUAAUUUGUCUUUAGUUGUUCAAACCAACUUUUCAACGGUAUAUGGACUUGACCUUCCUGUGUGCACCCGUCACAGCCUGUAUACCACUUACUCGACCCUUGUUCAGUGUUAUCUCGUCACCACCAUAUCAACAUGCCACGUAUGUAAAUAUUUGCACAAAUAACUGCACAGUCGGCACUAAACAUACUGACCGUGGAAACCAAAGGAGAUCAAAAUGGUAGAUCCCAGCACCGCCGACAGGUGGUUUAAGGCAAUGGAAGACAUACCCUCCUUGCCUGAAAACCAUGAAAGAUACCGAGAAAUCUUUUUGGCGCUUUCACCAACCUUUUUCCAGAAAGGGUUUCAGUUCGAUGCCGUCACGGGAUAUUUCGACUCCGGUGUUAUGGGACGUCUAAUCGGCCCUGUUGGAAGCGCUAAAAAUCGAGUAUUCAACAUGUUGGCUGUUGGUCUCGGAGAAGGUAAACAUGAAUUCCACAUGCUUCAGAAGCUGUCUUCCUAUUUCGAUUCAAUCCGUGUCACUGCCGUAGACCCAAAUAAGGGAAUGCUACAAACGUUCUGUGCAAGGCUCAAUGAUUGUGACGUCACGAAAUCCAUCGCGUGUCGUCCGUUCGAGGGGACCUACAGUGAGUUUCUGGAGAGCUCAUUGGCUGAUUACAAGUUUGAUUUCAUCACUACCAUCCAUUCUCUGUAUUACACGGGAGAUACCAAUUGUGUCGUUGAGAGUAUGUUAUCCUCUCUUCAGCCCACGGGUAUCGUGUACGCUGCCGUAGUCCAUGAUAAAAAUGAUUUAGGGAAACUUUUAAAUGGGAAACCAUGGUUAACCAAGAGGACGGCGUUUUCAAUAACAACGGCACUUGAAAUAAAGUCCAUAGCAGAGAGAACAGGGUGCAAUGUUGACAUUCAUCGAGUAUCUCUGAGGUACGUGUGCUCAUCCAUUUUUGACGAAGACUCGGACUAUGGCAACAUGAUACUCGAUUUCACGUCAAUGACACCUUACUUCCGGCGCGUUGCACCACGGGAUAUCGUAGAAGAUGUCUUAAAAUUUUGGCGCAAUAACCUAACCGAUGAAAAUGGAGUUUUUACUGCGUGUGGAGAUGAUGGUUUGGUGGUCAUUUCAAGAGAUUCAAACCAAUAAUGAUAUGUAUUCAUGGGGGAAACAUGUCACAUGUUUUGGUAAUUGAGUUUCGAGGUCGAUUUCAUGAAUGGGUCUUGCCUAUUCAUGGAGUGUUAAUAUAGCCACGACGUUUUCACUUUGUUCACGAUUAUCCGAAUUCUGAAGCAACCUCAUUUUUUGGGAAAUGUUACCCAUUUCACUAAUUCGAGACCAUUCUUAAUAUCAUGAGGUAUUCUUACGUGGCUAUUACACUUCCCCUUUCAACUCAACAACGGAGAUACAAAGAAAGAAAGAAACAAACUAACAAAUCGCAUACGGUUCAUCUUUUAUUUCUGCGUGUUUCAAUAUCGAGAAUAUGAUUUCAUGAAACGGGUAUGGUUGGAACUACCCCUUAUCGACCACCUUAUUUUCUAAGCAUCGUAUCUGUGAAAAUAUUUAUCAGUUUUACUUAGUUUUCGUCUGAUUUGUGCAGAAAACAGACGAUUUUACAUUUGCUCAUUUGCACCCUUCUUUUGAAACCGACCACCCGCGAUACACUAAAUUUACGGCCGAUUCUUGUCUCGGCAGCGAAAUAUUUUGACUCUUCCAAAUCAGUUUUAUGACGUCAAAAUGCUAAAUGAUCGCCUCACUACUUCCACUGCGAGCUCCGGCACAUGAUUCGACGAUUGACGACGGAAAUUUGUUCUAAUGCCGUUUCCUAUCCGAUUUCUUGGUUUGAACAACUGUUUUUCGGCUGGGUUCGGGUCUAGUCAAAACAAUUUUGAUAAAUUCUACUAUAUUUUUACCUUUUCCCCUUCUUUUUCUCUCGUAAAAUCGAUUCUUACCGUUCCUAUGGACACUGCGCCUACUACUCCCCCGCCCGUAUCGUUUGUAAUACGCAAUAAUUUUAAUGCGCGCACGGUGGUCGGUUCCAAAAGAGGUGGUGGAUAUGUGGUGGUCUCACUAUAUUUGUUAUGAAUAAAGUUUGUUAAAGAACAAUAAUUCCAAUAGAAUAGACACAAUUCAGAACAGAUUGCCUGCCUAUAAAUAAAUGUUCGGAAGCUUCGCCGCGGUGGGCCUAUAUUCUUCGGGUCGCUUUUCGUUUGGAAGAAGCUUUUACAAAAUUUGAAAUUACUAGUGAACGAAAAGCAACUCUAAAGGGGGUUUCACACCGGGAUCUGCGUAUAGAGUUGCGUACGUAGAGACUACGCAACAGUACGCCGCCAUUCGUUUUGCCUACGCAAGCCUACGCAACUCUUCGCAAACUGGGUACCCGGGAGGAAGUCAAAAUAUUAAACAUGUUUAAUUUGUUUGCGCACUGUUUGCGUAAGGUGAGGUCUACGCAAGUCUACGCAACAUUAAGCAAUUGUACGCCACUCCUACGUAACAAUAUGCCAAAAUGAUGUUUCUCAAAACACUUGUUAAAACUCGCGCAUGGCUAGGCUGGAAAUAAUUAUCUAGAUAAAUAGAGUAAAAUUCACUGAGCAACAUGCCGGGCAACAUGCUGAAAAUUUCUUUUUAAGAAUUAGCAAUAUUUUGUGAAAACAGUUAUGUGCACUUUGUCAUGAAUAUUGAUUAGGUGGGCUGAUGUCAUUACAUGACAUGAUAAUUAUUUCAUAUUUUCAUACAUGUGUGUACGAUACAUCUCUCUUAUAAUAAAGUAAGUUGACUUGAUCAGACUUUUUUCAAGGAAAAACAGAACUUUUUACUAAAAUCUGUCAUACUCUAACAUGAGCUAAAAGAAAUAUGAAUCAAUGAAUACAUGAAUAAACGAAUCAUUCUCAACAAAAGUGUUCCAAUGUUAAUAGCCAUCAAGGAAGGCAAAGUAUUGUUGCAUUUAAUGCACUCCAUACAAAAAAGCAAUAUUAAACAAGUUAAAUGUUCCGUCAAGCAUAUUCCUUAAAUCAGCAGAUAAGAGACUUUGAAUGCGAGAAAUGCAUACAUUUUUGUUGCAUUUAAUGCACCCCAUACAAAAGCAAUAUAAGUUAGAUGUUCCGUCAAGUAUAUUCCUUGAAUCACUAGAUCACAGCAUGUUGAUACGAGAAAGUGUUUGCAACAUUUUGUAAAAUAUUCACUUUGCAAUCCCAUGUUAUAAUCAUAUAUGUAUGGUUUGAUUGGUUUCACUGAGAGAAUAAAGCAAUUUUGAUAUCUAUAGACUAGUCCAGAUUUCGCCUAAUAUUUUGCUUGCGGUAUGUGCGUAUAUGUAUGUGUACUGUAUAUCCCAGUAUAUGUGAUGAUGAGAGUGGGCGCGCGUGUGUGGGUUCAUAAUUCAUGUAUAGUAUAUAAAAAGAAGGUUCAACAAGUAGGACAAAGAAAG